AUGCUGUCACAUGUACUUCACUCUUCUCUAACCGAGCCAGUCGCCGACCCCGUCCCAGGCGACUUCCAACUCGCGGGCACGGGAGGCUCCAAGUCUGUCGCGAACAGUUUCGUGCGCUUGCAGCAUAAGCUUCUUACCGCCGGCAUCGUUCAGCGCCGACCCGAUCGACCGGACGCGCCCCCAGAGUUCCGAGCCCUUAGGGGCGAGCAGCACCCCCUCCGCAUGACCAAUGUCGAUGAGCUCGGUGAUCAAAGCCGCAUGGCCAUAGAGGACGAGUCGGCCGUCCUGGCGCUUCGCGAUCCGAUACGGACGAAACGUCUCGCUGUCCUCAGAGUUGAGCUGUACAUAAGGCGGUUGCUGCUUGUCUCCCUUGUCGGAGACGACGUCGCGGCCGCGGAAGAAGCCGGCUGUCUGGUCAUCCUGGAGCACUUUGUACAGCAGUUCGCUGAUAGCUGCCUUGUCCAGGACGAGGAUCUCUUCGCUGCCCCACAGACCCGACACGUAGUCGAAAUCCGCCUGGAUGACGCGGUCGAUGCCUGGGGAGAGGCCAUCGGUCGCAGCGAUCGCCUUAUCGAUCUCAACGACCUUCGCGGGGGAUGCCGGCGAUGGCGUCACUGA